AUGUCAACAAUGAAGAUGGAUCAUAUUGAUGACAUGAUCCAGAGUGUACGAGCCUGGAGUCUGUUCGAUAUUGAAAGUGUGAAACCAACAUUGGUAUUGGUGACUAAUGGCAGCAAUCCUGAUAAGGAGAUCAAGAGUGACGAAAGAAGAACUAACUAUUUGGCUGAUCGAAAGGAUUGGAAGGCCAGGAAGAACGUGUUUGAUAACAAUAAACGGAAUGUCUAUGGAAUGAUUAUGAAGAUGUGCACCGAUCAUAUGGUGGACAAGCUUGAGAGAGAAGCUGACUUUGAUACCAAACUGUUCAAUGAUCCUGUGGAGCUAUUGAUGCAAUUCAAGAAAUUUAUGACGACCACUGUUGAUACAGAAUGGGAAUAUUUUGGUCUGUGGAAGACAAUGAGCAAGUUGAUUAAUUGCCAUCAAAAGGAGAAGGAAAACAUUGCGAGUUUUCGUAAAUGA